GCCUUUUGUUUUGUUUCCUAUUUCCUUUCCUUCUCGUGUAGCUUUUCGGCCGGCGACCGCGACCUGACCGUCCGCCACUGCGCACCUGCCGGCGUCUGGGCGACGCCCCGCCGCCAGCCUGCCACCACCACGACGCCUGCACCGGAAUCCGACACUGUCUCAACCACUCCGUCGUGCCUAUCCGAAGCUCAACGGCGGAGCCCGGUGGGAUAGGGCGGAGGCGCUGAGGCCUGAGGGGGAGACUGGACCUGGGCUGCACGAGGUAGGCUGUGCGGUGGCGGAAGGAAUCACCGAUGAGCGAUGCGCAGGCGACAGGGGAUGGUCCGCGCUGCGUUGGCUGCGGCGGGCGCGUGAAGACGCUCUUCGUGCAGUACUCCCCGGGCAACAUCCGCUUGAUGAAAUGCGAUAAGUGCAAGGCUGUUGCUGAUCCCUACAUCGAGUGCGAGUUCAUGAUCAUCUUGAUUGAUCUCGUCCUGCACAAGACAAGGGCGUACCGCCAUGUUCUGUUUAAUAAGCUGAGCAUGGGAUCAUCCGUUGACAAGGGAAUACUUUACCGGUCUACUUUGAUACACAUUGCUCUUGACACAUUCAGAAUAUCUUUUUCGAAAGGAAACAGAGCUGGUGGGGCUUCUUCCAGGAGCAUUUUCUCAACAGUUUCCAAUUGCACUGAGGUUGUUGGCGAUGCAUUAUUGGGAAACAUCGUAUUUAUAUUCAUGUUACUCCUGGGAGUGCGAUUUUUUCUCAAAUUAUCUUUCGAUAUUAUAAGGUAUAGGGAUAUUCUGUUCGCUGUCAUCAUUUCAAGCUACUUCAAGUUGUUUCUUUUCACAAUGAUGGUUUGGGAGUUUCCGUCAUCUGUUAUAUUCAUUGUUGAGAUGUUUGUUCUCUCAUCAAACGUUGUAGCCCUGAGAGUUGUCUCGCAGUUUCCAAGAGCCCACUGUUUCGCGGUCUGCUUACUAGCGCACGCAGCAAAAUACUUGACCCAGCGAUGGAUCCUUGGAACGCCAUGAGAGCCUGAACUCGUACAGAUCAAUCAUCCUGGUGCUUCCAGCGACGUCUAUAGGUAUACUGUGGCCUGAUGAUGAGCUCUGGUUUCUAUCGAGUUCUUUGACUGUGUUGCCUUGUCUCCUCCACCCCCUCUCCCUGUGACUGUGAGUACUAUCUUCAAUGUACUUGCGGCGAAGACGGAUAUGGCAUCUUUACUCAUAGGCAGUAGCUGUUGAGUGUUGUGUGGUUGGUACUUGGUCCCUUGACCCAACCACCGGCCUACUACUACGUAGCAUCUGCGGCGUCUCCUGUUCACGAAAGAAUGCAGCAAAGGAAAGACCUACUAGGCUAUUACCAUCGUGUUCUUCUUUGGCGGUUCUGUCAACA